AUGGAAUCUGUUAUGUUUCGCGUGCACUGCAACAAGUGCUACCAGAGACCAGAUGCAGAAAGCACAGUGCCAUUUUAUCUGUCUCGUUGCCACCACAUUCUGUGCAACUUCUGCCUGAACGAAACUGCUCCGGACAAAAAGUGCGCGGUGUGUGAGCAGCCCUUCCGUGGAGUCCUCCUAACCCAGGACAUGCCCACUAACGUGGCUAACUACUUCGAGGAUCCUAAGCGGUUCCUUAAUUUAUAUAGAAGUAUCUGCAAGUUCCAGGCCGAUCAGCGAGCAUCAGAUGACCGAGGGUUUCUACUGACCAUAAAAAAGUUCGAGGAGAUGCAACGGCAACAUGCAGCCUACCACAAAAUGGAAGCUCAGUUCAAGGACCAAAUAACGCUGGAGAAAGGUCGCCUGGAACACAUCCGCAACUACAAUGCAUACUAUGAGCAGGUUACUGCGGAUUUAGAGCGAUCGAUUGCAGAGGACUCCUUUUUCAGCUUAGACGAUUUGGAAGACCGUCCCACCACUCCCCCUACCGACAGCUCUUCGGAUAGCAACGAGUCAGAAAACACGCAGGACACCUUCGAUCUGGAUAUGGAGAUGAAAUUGGCUUAUAAGAAAAACGGAAGGGAAUCGCCUCUUACUAUCGUUAGACCUCGAACUCCUAGCAUAGACCAUGAAGACUUGAAUUUUUAA